AUGUCGGGUGUCCAGGAGGGCGGUCUGGGAUCGAGUGAGGUGGACAGCGAGAGUUCGAGUGUUGGAGAUGAACGAGAUACUCAAAAACGGGUGAGAGAGGACAACGACUCGAGCAGUCCAAAAAAACGGAGAAAACAGACGACACCUGUCCGAGUACCAACGUCACUCUCAACAUCCAACGAAAGAACUGAAUUCGAGGAGGACUUGGAGGACGAUAGAGAGAUGAAUUCCGCUAACAGACUGGAAAAUGCAACCGAGAGUAAAAGUCAAAGACUGGAAGAGCCUUCGACAGCCGCAGGAGACGACAAUCUCAUCAGUGAAUUUGAUCGCGAGGGCAACAACAGUCCAGGAUCAUCCGGACCAAGUAAUCUCUUCUCAAGCAACGUCAGAGUAAAACUUGAAACACCGAGUCAAGAGGAAUCCGAGAAUCCCAUGAAUCUGACAAGUCUCGGUAUAAAGAAUUUCCCAAGCUCUUGGCUGUCCGGUCACUCACAGCAGCAAGAGCCAACAGACUGGACCGGACAGAAUGCCGUAACCUCAGUGGCUAAUCAUUUAUCUGGUUUAUCAUUUCCCGGUGCACUUGCUCAGUACUUACCAUUACCAGGAUUCUCUCUGGAUCCUGGACAAAUUCCACGAAUGCCAGUUGGUCCAGCUCCCAUAAGAAUUUUUAAUCCCGAUGCCUACUGUGAUCUCUGCAACAAAGAGUUCUGCAACAAAUACUUCCUCAAAACGCACAAAGCUAACAAACAUGGAAUUUAUGUUGACACACCUCAGCAGAACUCGGGUGACAAUAAUGGAAUGCACUACUCUAAUUUACAAUACUCAAUGGGAAUGGGUAAAAUAGAGCCGACCCUACCACCGCCGUCUUUACCACCGCCAUUGAAAAUGGAGAUACCCCUGAUGCAGAUGUCGUGUGAAAUUUGUCAAAAGCGAUUUAAAAAUGAGGAGUCACUACGCAAGCACAAGCAUCGGUGUCACGUGGAGGGCUCUCAGAGUGAUCUGCUGGAUUCACAAGGAUCUAGGGACUACAAUUCAGGGAUCGGAGAUGAUAAGGAUGCAUCGAGGAGUAGUCCGAGCGCGAUGGAAUCCCUCUUUAAACAGGAGUAUGGGAUUGAGCAGGAGGAUACGAAAUUCAUGCCAGCACCGAGACACUUGUCCCCACAAUCGAGUCAACAAGCCCGUGAAUCUGGUUUCAGUAUUGAUAGACUUCGGCGAUUAGGUGUCCUCAAUGUCGAGGCUUUUUGUGAAAUAUGUUGUAAAGAGUACUGUAACAAGUACUUCCUACGGACGCACAAGAUGAAGAGACACGGCAUACUUAUCCAGGAUAAUGAUAAAUCACCUAGUAAUCCUGGAGCGGCUGCCACCUGGCAUCAGAUUCAAACUAGUCCACUUAAUCUCAUCGUAACCGAGAGCAAUCCUGGGGGAUCAGAGUCCAAUGAUAAGUCCGAGGAGUAUGAAUGUAAAUCCUGUGGAAUUAAAUUUCAAACGCACGGACUCUAUCGCAUACAUCGUGCAAAGGUGCAUGAAAAUAGUGAUGAUGAAAAAUCAACGAAACUGGACGGAGAUGAGGAGCGCACCGACUCCAUUUCCGAGGAUCUUCAGAAACUCCAGACGAUGAUACUCCAGUUGAACGGUUUAGACUCCAGUAAAACAUUGACUUGUGAGAUUUGUGGAAGAGAGUGUGAAAAUAAAUUAGCCCUGAAGACUCACAUGACUCUGGAACACGCAGGUCAUUUGGCGGAUGAGCAAGCCCUGUCACCUGAUCAGUUGAUGGAUAAUUCGUCGAACAAUAUAACUGGGAGCACGUCCUUCUGUUCGAUCUGCGAGAAGGAAUUCCCAAGCACUGACGCUCUGAAGCAACACAUCGCCGAGGAUCAUAAUCGACAGUCACCUCCAUCCCUGAAGACCUCACUUCCUUCUAACAAUGCACAAAAUCAUCCUGUUCAUUCUGUAACUCAGUCAUCACUCCUUCCACCAACAUCAUCAGCUCCCCCAGUUCCACCGAUACCUCCACCACCGGACAAGAAGCUCUCGUCACUGACGCCAACAUCCAGUUACUGCGAAAUAUGCAAUAAAGAGCUCUGCAACAAGUACUUCAUGAAGACUCACAUGCAGAGGAUGCAUGGAAUUGAGAUAGAAAAUGGCUCGCAAAUUGGUGGAGUAAUCUGCAACAUCUGUAACAAAGAAUUGUGCAGUAAAUACUUCCUACGGGUGCACAAGCACAACACUCAUGGGAUAGUCGAUGACGGUGCACCAGUGAACAGUAAUAAACAGGAGAACUUCGAGACUCUGCCAAAUAUAGAUGAUGCAGCGCUGAAGCCUGAUCAAUUGAGUGAUCUCAGCCACCGCUAUUUCACGCAUUUCAACGAAGUCUGUCCUGUCUGCAAUCGACGAUUCAGGAGUAUCAAAUGGCUUAAGGCCCAUCUCCUGGGUGAUCACGGAAAAACUGGUGUCGACAAAUGGCGUGAGCUGGAGCAGCAGUACCAAAAUACAGGUAGAACUAGACCGGGACAAAUAGGUUCGUCCAGCAAAUUGAUCCAGCAAAAUCCAAAUAUAAAAAUUCCAAAUGGACUGGACAUCAGUCAGAACAUCAAAGCCACCGAUUACGGAGGACUAGGCAAUCAGGUGCUCUCCACCCUAUUUGGCGGUAACGAGGAGCACCAGAAUAAGAACUACAGAUGCUCCUACUGCAACUUCACAACACCUGUUCUACCGUUUCUAUUUCUCCACGAGAGAUCACACAUGCCUAAUCAAGAGGGCAUAACAACUGAUAGUAAUCUCCAGUGUCCAAUUUGCUCUCAGACAUUUCCCCAGCCAGAAUCCCUGCAUCAUCACCUAGUGGUUCAACACCAGUUCUCAAAUUUACUGUCUCAGUAUCAACAGUUGAUGGGAAGUGAUCCAAGAAUUGAUACCCAGGAGCGUCACGAUGUCGAUCAAAAGGAGGUGGAGCUGAAGGAUGAGAGGUCGGUUGAUAGCCAGAUAAAUUCACCAAUUCAACCAACAGAAUCUUCCAAAAAUCAGAAAGACGAGUCCGGCGUUGUGCAUGUAACUGUUCAGGGGGCAUACAAGUGCGCUGAGUGUGGUUUUGCAACGACUAAUCUUCACAGAAUAAAGAGCCACGUGAAGAAGAAUCAUAAAGCGAGGGGUGAUCCGACGGAGUGUGUUAUUGCAGAGCUGAGUAAGACACUUCGUGAUGUAGCUAAUAAGCACAAAGUACCUGCUAGUUAUGCAAUGCCACAGGACAUGAACUCCAAUCCGGAUGCUACGAUUAUGCAGCCGUUCAUCCUUGAGGAGCGAAAUUUUGCAUUUGGCGAUGAAUCGUCGAGCAAUGACGGGAGAUUUGCACCAGCUCUGGUUUAUCUACCGGUACGUACACGUAUCAACAGUGUCCUGACUGCUUCCUUUACCCUUAGUCCAGCCUCAAUCAUCUCGUAGUUGUUCUUCGUGGAGUCAAUGUGAGUAUCACACCAGAUGAUCAUCAAUUAGCCAAAUGAUUAUUUUUUUAUGAAUAACCGGGGGAAAUACCACGUACCGUUUGCAGCUUUUUUAUUCGGUCAUUUGUCAACUUUCGUUAUCCUCUUAAUUAAUUACGCACGCUCGAUGAGAAUUAACGCUUUAGCGGAAAAACCAAUCGUAAUAUAAUUGAAUUGAGUUAGGUUAUUUUUCCGCCAUUUUAAUCAUUAGAACUGGGUGAUAAAAUGGUGGAAAAAAUCGGGGAAGUCCUCAAUUAUUCAGUUAUCCUGCUACAAAAUUUUUGGUUAAUUUCCCUCAAGUUUUAACCGGAUUGCACAAGAAUUAAAGAGACUCCCGAUUUUUUUUCCGCCAUUUAGACUCGGCGGCCGGU